AUGCAUCAGAAACUCUACGAAGACCCUAGCGGGCGAGCUCACUGCCCCGUCAAACCCGCCGCUGCCCUUGCUGCCGCCGACAUCUGGAGAACAAAGAUUCACUGGCAGAGAGCAGAAGUUGGAGCGCAAGCAGCCUAUAAAUAUCCCUUUAUACCGCAAUGCAGCCAGAACAUACCUCCUCACACUUGCAAGCACCACAACGCCCGCUACCACGCCCACCACAACAUCAGUUCCCACCAACCGAGCCUCAACAUCGACUUUGACAUCCCGAUCUUUCUCCCGAUACCGCAACUACUCUUCCAAAUCAACAUCCUUAAUCGAAACAUGUCAGGCCAAGGUUCUUCGGGUGCGCCCAACAAUUGGCGCAUCAUUGAGCGCAUGCCAGGACAGUGGACUUCGUUUACGCAUAGCUUCCACCAACCGCAAACAACGGAGGACACAUAUCAGAAUGCACAUCCCGCCAAUGGUAACCCUGGGUCUCAGAACCCACAGGACUUGUUUACUGGAGGCAAUCAGAGCCAGGGGGCCGUGGGGGCUAAUGGAAUUGCAGGCCCAGAGCAUGAUUUCCUCGACCAUGGGAUUGCUGGAGGCUACGUUACGCGAGGCCGGCGCGUUGGAGGAGAUACUGCUGGAGGAGGGUUUCGGGGCUCGUCUUUAGGGGGUGGGCUGUUCGGCGGAUCUGCGCGACCUCGUGGGGCAGCAAUACAGCCAGGCCUAGAAAACGUCGCGGAGGAGGACGAGACCGUCCUUGAGCAUCGGAGUAGUAAUGGUCUUUUUGGUUCAAGGCCAAGUUUCGCCUCGUCUUCCCAGAACCAGAGACACCAGCCUCAUACCAACCUCUUCACUGAGGGUUACGAGUGGACCCAACGACACGGGAUCUGGGACGAUAGCAGGUGGCCUUCUUCCCCUGAGCACGACGUACUGGCGCGUCGUAGGGAUCCAGUGGCUCGAAGCCCUACCGCUAGUUCGCCCUCCCAGGGACGUCGAAACCCUGGCGCAACCAACGCGACCGUGACGAUCAAUGCCAACACCGUCAACGUGACCGCGAUGAAUGUCUCCCCAACCAGUGACGCGACGAUCACUGACAAUUCAGGUGGCAUUCGGGCCAAUAACCGCACAGGGAGCAGGCGCCGGAGGAGGUCGUCAACUCCCCCUGAGAAUGAGGGGCUGCGAUUUUCUUCCUCUGGGCUAGGUGUGGGCUCCCAAGAACGACCAGCACGACGCGCGCGAUACUUUUCAUCAACCCAUGAGCUUGAUGUGAGGGAGCAGCCCCAUCCUACGGGCCGAUCUGCAUAUGCUCCUAGGCGCACUCCACCGACUCGGGAGCAGCCAGGACUUCAGUCAGCUGGCCAAGUCCCGCAGCAGAGUGCCACUUCCAGGGCCUUGCUCUCCGUGCUAGACGCGCCACAACAGAGUGCACCACGACAGAGUGCACCACAACAGAGUGCCACAUCAUUGUCUUUGAUGGCUAUGCUGGACGGCAGACACACUAGACCGGGCGUCCCGCAAAUGCGACAAGCCCCUCCCAUCCCCGGCGUACCAGCACGCCCCCACAAUAUCUACGAACUGGUCGAACUGCAGCGCCGGCAGGAGUUGUGGGCAUCUGGCCCAGUGCGGACCCCUUUCACGCGCCAAGAACUCGACCACGGCCGAAUGCGCACCAUCGAAUACUGGCGCGUCAAGCACCACCAAGAGCAAUUCCUCAGUCAGCCCCCUGUGGACCCCAUCGUCACCGAAGAGCGCCGUGGCCGCCGCGUCCCCAUCUUCCAGACGCAGCCUCUAAACAACGAUAUCCAUGUCCCCGGCUACCGCUUCACGCGGGUGGGACCCCGCCUGAGAGCUGACCAGCAGCGUCCUUUCCGCCCCGACGGAUGGACCGCCCCGCGCCGGAUGGCUCUUCCUAACCAGACUCCGUACGAUCGUAUGGAGUUCAACGAGAACGUGCGUCGUGCACAGGAGGACAAGGAGCGCCGUCGGCGGGAGGUGCAGCAGCCGGGACUACGUCCCCCGCCGAACCUUCUCCCGGACACGCCGGAGGGGUUCGCGAACCUGAGGUGGGCAGUGGAGGGGGGCUCUGCAGAAAACGUUACGAUGCAGUUGCUCGAGCAGAUCCGUGCGAGGGAUGAGGCGGCUAGCGGGAGCGUUCAGGGGGCCUUCGAGACUUUCCGAAGAAAGGCAGAAGCAGAGAGGGGGCUGGAGCAGGAGGAAGAGGAAUUGGCGGAGAGCGAUGCCCCCGUGCGCCGCGGUGAGGAUGCGGCCUUGGCGAAGUUCUUGCGAGAGAGACGCGCCCUGGAAAACGCUGCACGCGCUAUGGAAGCGUUGGACGCGUUGAGGGCGGAGGCGUGGGAGGUUUUCUGGGAGGCGGCGGAGGUCGCCAGGCUGAGAGAGGCGAGAAGGGCGGCGCGGGCGAGAGUGGCGAGUGAUGCCGCGGGGAUCGCGAGGCUAAGGAUGGUGGAGAGAUCUACGAGGAGUAGGGUCAGAGAGAUGGACGCGGAGAGGCGUGAGAGGAGUCGUCUUGCGGCCGCCGCCUACGAUCGGAGGACGAGAGAGGCGGCGGAAGAGGGGAAGCGCCAGCGGCGAGAGUCGGAGGGAGUAGGUGGGAGUAGUUAG